GACCACGCAUACAGCCCUUUGGAAACCUGUCCAUACACCCAGCAUGCUCAGCACUGCACUACGCAAUACAGUUGUUUGAGGGUAUGAAAGCGUACAGGGGUCCGGAUGGGAGAGUGCGCCUCUUCAGACCAGAUCUCAACAUGAAGCGCAUGCUCAAGUCAGCACACAGAGCCUGCCUACCGUGUUUUGAUGGCUCUGAGCUGUUGGAGUGUAUCCGUCGGUUGGUGGAGAUUGAGCAGGACUGGGUUCCAUACUCCGAUUCCGGAAGCCUCUACAUACGCCCCACUUUCCUGGGCACAGAGCCGUCUCUAGGUGUGAAGCGUCCCUCCUCGGCUCUGCUGUUCGUCAUCCUGAGUCCAGUAGGCUCCUACUUCAGCACAGGGGCCAAACCGGUAUCACUAUGGGCUGACCGCAAAUAUAUACGGGCAUGGAAGGGAGGCACAGGGGACUGCAAAAUGGGAGGGAACUACGGGGCGUCCAUCUAUGCUCAGUAUGAAGCUGUGGACUAUGGAUGUCAGCAGGUGCUGUGGCUGUACGGUGAUGACCACCAGAUCACCGAGGUGGGAACCAUGAACCUUUUCCUCUACUGGACCAACGAGAACGGAGAGGAUGAGCUGGCGACGCCCCCCCUGGAUGGAGUCAUCCUGCCCGGCAUCACACGGCAGAGCAUUCUAGAACUGGCACAGGCAUGGGGUGAGUUUAAGGUGUGUGAGAGGUACCUGACCAUGUCGGACCUGCGCCGGGCCCUGAAGGACGGCCGGGUCAAGGAGAUGUUCGGAUCCGGUACCGCCUGCGUGGUCAGCCCAGUGGGCCACAUACUGUACAUGGGAGAGAACCUGCAGAUUCCGUGUCCGUCGCAGAACUCUCUGGCGUCCAAGCUGAUGAAGGAGCUGACGGACAUACAGUAUGGCCGCACGCCGAGCCAGUGGAGCAUCCUGGUGUAG